AGCUGGUGAAACGAAAGAAUAUUUGUUAGAUAUGCUUGUGAUCUUUUUAUUUCUUUGUUUGUUGCUACCUACUGAUGUAGUUCUAAAGCAUGGAGGUAGCAGCCUCAAAAUUUUAGAUAUUAAUUGUUCAACUAACGAAGAAUGGCUAACUAAUUCCUCUUGUGUCAUUAAAGCGACUCGUGGGAGCGGUGGUGUAAUAAACGCUAUUGCUUAUAUCAAAAAAACGAUUUAUAAGUGUAACGUUCAUAUAAAAAGUUUUCGAUGGUAUAACGGAUGGAAACCUUUUGUGGUAAAUCGUGUCGUCAACGUAUGUCAACUUUUCGAAAAACAGGCGAAUGUUUUCGACAAAGUCGCUAAGAAGUUGUUUUUGCUUCAUUCUAAUAUCAACCACGCAUGCCCUUAUAAUGGUGCAGUAAAAAUUAAUGGGAUUUCACCAAACUUGUCCUUCAUCCCAUCUAUUCUUGAAGCAGGACGGUAUCGGCUGCAGCUUGAAUUCAAUGAAACUUCAUCUAGACCCGAAUGGAUUGGCACAUUGGCCGUUGACGUCAACAUCAACCAUCCCUUUCGUCCGUCUCUUAUUUAAAUGCAUUUAAGGGAUACCAAUCCAUGAGAAAGUCACAGUGGUUUAUGGUUCCGAUAUUUUCUGUUCAGUAAUAAGGAAGCUACCUCACAAUAUAAUGUUACUUAUGUAUUCGUUUAUUAAGGUUUUGUGUAAUUUUUUAUGAUUGGGCGCACCAAAUGGAGACCAACUUGCUUCCUCUUUCUUUGGUCCCCAGACACCUCUUUUCGGCUUUGCACCAAAUUUAUCAAAAAUUAAGAUGUGAAGACGGCUUACGUUUUCGCCGCCUCUCUCCUGUUAUGAAACUGUAAGCGGACUUUACUUUUCAAUUUUCGA